AUGUGUAGACAAAUUAAUCAUAUUUUAUGUAAUAUUGAAGGUCUUAUUCGCCCUCAUCAUUUUAUCCUGGUCAUUGAUGGUUACAGAAAGUACAGUGGGAAUUUCUUGGUUAAUAUGUUGGGAAAAUGGAAGGAAUCUGAAUACUCUGAGCAAUCUGUUCCAGUUGGUGGUCUUGCUUAUUAUGUUACUGCACCUUCUCAAGGUAAUGACUGA